GCGGAGUCAGGCAGGCUUGUGUGGAAGACGGGGCGGCCCGGCUGGAAUUGAUGCGGCCGGAGUUGGGGGCACCUUUGCAAACUGCGGGCAGGUCAGCCGGCUCGAGGGGAAGGAGCGGGGCGUGAGAAAGCGAGGAACGGACGCCGGGGCUGCUCUUGUUCCGCCAGGCGGACUCCCGCUUCGCGCGUUUUGCAGCCGCCCCUCCGGAUCGCCGCCUUUAGGUGCCCUGACUGUGAUGGCUGAUCACAUGAUGAUGUCAAUGAGCCAUGGCAUGAAUGGGCUCCAGAGCUACCGGAUAGGCAUGAAUGGGAUGCAGGCCCCACCGCAACAUGGACAGCAGCAUGUGCUAAGGACGCUCCCUCCCAGCCACCAGAUGAUGCAGUAUGGAGGCCCUGCUAUGGACGGAGGAAUGAGGCAGAGGCCGGGCAUUAAUGGACAGAUGGGUCACCACCAGGUGCCAAACACUGUGAUGUUCAACAAUCCAAGCCAACAACAACAGUAUAUGGGACCUGUGGGUACCCAGCAACUUAUGGCAAGUAUGCACUUGCAGAAACUCAACACUCAGUAUCAGGGCCAUCCUCUCCUAGGCAUGAGUGCUGGCCCUGUUGGACCAGGUGCACAGCAGUACAGGAUGGGCCCGGGACAGCACCCAGGCAUGCAACACCUGCCCUCCCCUGCUUUGACCUUGAACGUUAUGGACACGGAUCUUAUUGAUGAGGAGGUCUUGACUUCUUUGGUUAUGGAGCUGGGCUUGGACCGCAUUCAGGAGCUGCCAGAGCUGUUUCUGGGACAGAAUGAGUUUGACUUCAUCUCAGACUUUGUUAACAAACAGCAGCCCAGUGCAAUCAGCUGUUGAGCGGCUCUACUGGGAAGCAGGCCUGUUUUCUUGGGGCUUGAUUGUGAUACACGCCUGCCUCUCACUUUCUCCUGUACAUAAGCAUACAGCGUUUCCCAGCUCAUCUUUGCCUGUUGCUUGAAAAAAACAAUAGACAAUCACUGGAGGCUCCCCCCCACCAUUUUUUUCCCCCUUGCUCUACCUUGCUGCUUCUCACAAGGGAGUGUGGCUUUUUCUUCUGCUGUUUGCAGAGAGGGUGAUUGAAAAGCUUCUGCAGAUGGAAAAUGAAAAGCAGUUACAGAACUUCAGCCAUUCAGGAAAGAGAGCCCAUCCCUUCAAAACUAUUCUGCCUUCGGACUACAAACAUUGAGAGGGGUGGGUUUCAAAGAGGCUGAGAUCUGCUCUGCUCUGCUCUGUCCUUCUCUGAUGGCAGAACAAGCUGUUUCCAAAAGCACCUCUCCUUUAGGGGUGGCGGUGAUGGGUUUUUAACCUAUUCUUUCCCUGAAACGUGAAUGGGUAGGAGACACUCUUCACUGUUCCUCCUGCCUUAUUGCCCCUCAGUACUGUGAAGUCUGCAAUCAUCUCUCAUUUUUUUACUUGAAGGUAUCACUGGCCUCAGGUUGGGGUUUUUUGUUUUCUUCCUGUCUUGUAAUCUCAUUCCUUUGUUUCGUAUUAAGUUGGCAGAAGUUUCUGGGGGACAGCUGGCACAGGUGUUCAAAUGACAAAUCUUCAAGGUUAGGUUGCUUGUGAUGGGGAAGGCCAACUGAUUAGCAUUUCUUGUUAGGCUGCUGCAAACAUGAGCUUUAAGCUGCCCUCUAGCUCCUUUUCUGCCUCUGAAACCAAAUAAAAUAACCUUGUAAUUGUAUAUAUUUCUAAUUUUUGAAAGGGAAAAAAAAAUCUUUGGUGUAUUUUUAUUUAUUUGGAAGGGCUUAAACUGUUGCCUUCUGAAAUUACUGAGAAGGGCUAAACAAGACACUGAAGUGCAUGUCCCUCCAAACUUUUUUGUUAUCUGUAAUUAAGACAAAGAAUAUUUUGUUUGAAUGAAAAAAAUGAUUUAGUAGCUUGUUGCCCUCUGAGAGCUUGGUAUUUUUUUUUAAGUUUUGAUUUUGUUUCUCAAAAAAAGUGUGGAUAGCAGUUUUAUUUUUAUUUUCAAAUGCUACAGCAGAAUGUUCAGUAGAGUAACUGAAGAUUUGCUAAGGCCCCUUGUUUGCAGACACACAUCACUGUUGAUUAAUGAAGUGAAAAUGUACAGGUGAUUGUUUUUCUCCAAUAAAAGCUAAACCCUCAAAUUUAA